CAUGUUGUAGUUUGAACCCGGCGCGCAGCGACCAAUCAGAGAGUAGGUUUUUGUCUCGCGCAGGGCCGCUGCAUGUUCGCUCAUCAUGUCCUCGACUGAUGCUAAUAGUGGCCCCAGUCAAGCACCACCUUUUCCUGGUGUACCACCUUACAGGAAUCCCCCCGCCCUUUAUGGGGCCACCAGGAAUCCCGCCUCACUUCCCUCCAAUGGGAAUGCCACCCAUGGGCCAGAGGCCGCCCAGCAUGGCCCCUAUGCCCCCGGGAAUAAUGCCCCCCAUGAUACCCCCGAUGGGAGCUCCACCCAUGGCACAGAUGCCAGCCAUGAUGCCACCAAUGAUGCCAGGAAUGAUGAUGCCCCCCCGUAUACCAGCAGCAUCAAUCCAGCCCACAGGACCGCCUGGUGUGAGUCCAGUGGAGUCUGCAGCACCGGCUGCUCCUGGAACAACAACCACCACAUCAACCGAGUCCUCACCUGAUGAGCAGCCGAAAAAGAAGUCAGUAUGGACCGAGCACAAAUCACUGGAUGGAAAAACAUAUUACUACAACACAGAGACCAAACAAUCCACCUGGGAGAAACCAGAUGAACUCAAAUCACCUGCAGAGCAAAUGUUGUCCAAAUGCCCGUGGAAAGAGUAUAAGUCUGACACCGGCAAGCCCUAUUACUACAACUCACAGACCAAAGAGUCUCGCUGGACUAAACCCAAGGAGCUGGAGGACUUGGAGGCAAUGAUAAAGGCAGAGGAAAACGGGACGGCUGAAGUUGUGGCUCCUGGCACCACUGCUGCUCUUACAUCUCAGAGCGAGUCGUCUGUUACCGUGGCGGCAGUUGCAGAGACCGAGGCUACCAUGGCGACAGUCGCCACAGAGGAGCAGCCAUCUCACGUGCCUGCGCUGGUUGCUGAGGUCAGCAGUGAUGUCACCGUUAACUCCACCGAGGAGACGACCAGCGUAGAGACACAACCCAGUAAUGAUGUUUCUAAAGAGGAGAGACCUGAGCUGGUGAAGAAGGUUUACAAGUGGAACACAAAAGAGGAGGCAAAGCAGGCAUUUAAAGAACUGCUGAAAGAAAAGGGCGUUUCCUCCAAUGCAUCGUGGGAGCAGGCAAUGAAGCUGAUAAUUAACGACCCUCGUUACAGUGCGCUGCCUAAGCUGAGUGAAAAGAAACAGGCGUUCAAUGCUUAUAAAGUCCAGACAGAGAAAGAGGAAAAAGAAGAAGCCAGAAUCAAAUACAAGGAGUCUAAAGAGACUUUCCAGCGCUUCCUAGAGAACCACGAAAAGAUGACCUCAACCACUCGAUAUAAGAAAGCAGAGCAGAUGUUUGGCGAUCAGGAAGUGUGGUCGUGCGUCCCAGAGAGAGACAGGCUGGAGAUCUACGAAGAUGUGCUGUUUUAUUUAGCAAAGAAAGAAAAGGAACAAGCCAAGCAGCUGAGGAAGAGGAACUGGGAAGCUCUGAAGAACAUUUUGGACAAUAUGGCCAAUGUGACAUACAGAACUACUUGGUCAGAGGCACAGCAGUACCUACUAGAUAACCCCACCUUUGCUGAAGAUGAGGAGCUACAGAACAUGGACAAGGAAGAUGCGCUGAUCUGUUUUGAGGAACACAUCCGUGCUCUUGAGAAAGAGGAGGAGGAAGAGAAACAGAAAACUCUGCUGCGAGAGAGACGCAGGCAGCGCAAGAACCGAGAGGCUUUCCAGAAAUUCCUGGAUGAGCUUCACGAUCACGGGCAGCUGCACUCCAUGUCUGCCUGGAUGGAGAUGUACCCAACCGUCAGCGCCGAUAUCCGCUUCAACAACAUGCUGGGCCAGCCAGGCUCCACUCCUCUGGACUUAUUCAAGUUUUAUGUGGAGGAUCUGAAAGCUCGUUAUCAUGAUGAGAAGAGAAUCAUUAAAGACAUCCUCAAGGAUAAGAGCUUCCUGGUGGAGAUCAACACGGGCUUUGAGGAGUUUGGCUCAGUAAUCAGCUCAGAUAAACGUGCCACCACGCUGGAUGCUGGAAACAUCAAACUGGCCUUCAAUAGUUUGCUGGAGAAAGCUGAAGCACGUGAGAGGGAGAGAGAGAAGGAAGAGGCCAGGAAGAUGAAGAGAAAGGAGGCGGCGUUUAAGAGCAUGCUGAAACAGGCCACACCUCCUCUAGAGCCCGAGGCCACAUGGGAGGGAGUACGAGAGCGGUUCCUAAAAGAGCCUGCGUUUGAGGACAUCACUCUAGAGUCAGAGAGGAAGAGAAUAUUCAAGGACUUCAUGCACGUGCUAGAGCACGAGUGUCAACAUCAUCAUUCAAAGACUAAAAAACACUCGAAGAAAUCCAAGAAACACCACAGAAAACGUUCUCGAUCUCGAUCAGGCUCGGAGUCAGAGGAUGAUGAGUAUCACUCGAAGAAGAAGAAACGUUCAGCUUCUAAAUCUCCGUCCGAGCACUCGUCCUCAGGGGAAUCUGAGAGAAGCUACAAGAAAUCUAAGAAACACAAGAAGAAGGGAAAGAAAAGACGACACAAAUCAGCCUCCCCUGAGUCUGAAGGAGAGAAAGAGCGGAAAGGAAAAGAGAAAGAGAAGGAUAAAGAGAACGACAAAUCCAGAGCGAAGUCACGUGGAGAAUCCAAACAGAAAUCCCCCAAAAGAAAGAGUACAAAAGAAGAGGGUGGAUGGGAUACGUCCGGAAGCGAGCUGAGUGAAGGAGAGCUGGAAAAGAGGAGGCGCACUCUCCUGGAGCAGCUGGACGCACCAUAAAUCACCGUCUGUCAGUCUGUCCCGUCUCUCUCCCACACUUGCAUUCCUGUAAUGUGUUCUGCAUCUUCUUGGAAUAUGGAUGAGCAUCCGAGCGUUGGCUGCUCGGCUGGGAAUCCAUAGACUGUCAUGUAGUCUCUCUGAGAGGCAGUAUUGUCUGAACAUCAGCACUCUUUGAUCUGGGCAUGUUGAUUUUGUAAGAUUAUUUUCAGAGGUUGCAAGUGUUAUGUUGCCUUUAACUGCAGAGCCCUUUUUUAGUUAGCUGUAUAUUUGUUAUUGCCAAUAGUUUUAAACUUCACUGAUAAUAUGGAACAAAAUGAACAGGCCUGCAUAACUGUUAUUCAACUUCAGAUUAAUCUGUAAGAUUGUCUGUAAAAGCCAUUUUCGGGAAAAACAAUGUUAUCGGGAAGAAAAAUGUCUGCAGCAUUGUUUUCAACUUGAAUUUUGACAAAUAAACUCUAAAAUAAUG